GUACUUCCUCAGUGUGCCGCCAUCCCCCAUCUCUCCUCCACCGGAAACCCUGCUGUAUCGCAAACUUCGCUUUUAUGUUCCCGGAGGCAGUCGAUUUUCAUCAGGACUUCAUCGGUGUGUUGAGUUGGGUCGUCAUGGCCGCCUGAACCAGACUAAAUUCACCCAGUGCGUGGUUCUCAUUCUGUAAUUUACAUACAAUCUCAAGUUUUUUUGCGGAUUAACUUCAAUAUUUGUUAGGGGGGAAAACAUCAAUGUAAAAAUUCUAACAUGCAGCCUCCGCCAAGAAAGGUCAAGGUUACCCAGGAGCUAAAGCAUACUCAUGCUGAGCAGAUGAGCAGACUACACAUCAAACACCAGACGGAGUGUGACCUACUAGAGGACCUGAAGACAUUCAGUCAGAAGAAAGCCGCUGUAGAGAGGGACUAUGCCCAGGCUCUACACAAGCUUGCCAAUCAGUACCUGAAGAGGGAAUGGCCGGACAGCCUAUCAGAGGAGCCAACAGACCACAGGAACAUGUACAUGUUGUGGAAGGCAUACCUGGAGGGCAUAGUGCAUGUGAGCCAAACCAGGAUCACGGCCUGUGAGAACUACAGGAACCAAGUGUCGGACCCUGCCAAGACUGCCAGGCUGCAGAAGGAGCAGCAGCUCCGGAAGUGUAUUGACCAGCUGAUGCUGGUGCAGGCAGAGCUGCAGGACUCGGUGAAGGAGCUGGCUAAGACCAGGAAGAAGUAUCAGGAGACAGAGACCAUGGCCCAGGCCGUCAGGGACAAGGCCGAGCAGGACGCCAAGUCCAAACUGAGUCUCUUCCAAUCCAGGUCCAGUCUGCAGAGGGCAAGUGUAAAGCUGAAAGCCAAGAGGAGUGAGUGUAACUCCAAAGCCACCCAUGCCAGGAAUGACUAUCUCCUCACGCUAGCUGCGGCUAACGCUCACCAGCAGCGCUAUUACGACACUGACCUGAUCGAGUGCAUUAAGGUCCUGGAUGGGAGCAUCUAUGGGCAGGUGAAGGACUACCUGGUCUCUCUGUGCCAGAUGGAGCUUGAGUCCUAUCAGGCUGUUCACAACACUUUCAACAUCCUCCUGGAGAACUCCAACGGGAUGAUGCAGGACUUUCACCAGCAGCAGUUUGUACAGCAGAACCAAGUGUUCCACAGUACCCCAGCCAUCCUCUUCCAGCCCAUCAACACUGACACGGUGGGGCAGUUGCAGAAGGAGAGUGGCACAGUGGAGGAGCACAGUCUGGAUAAGGAGGCACGGAAGUGGGCGACCCGAGUGGCACGAGAACACAAGAGCAUCAUCCACAGUCAGAGGGCCCUGGAGGACUAUGGGACCCAACAGGGGCUUUCGGAGCAGAACCGCAGCGAGCUAGAGCUCAAGAUGGAGGAGGCCAGGGAGAACCUGCGGAGAGCAGAGACCGUGAAGCUGAAGGCAGAUGCUCGUCUGGCUCUACUGAGAGAGGCAGGUAUCACAGUGGAGACGUGGCUGAAGAGCGCCAUGAACCAGGUGAUGGAGGAGCUGGAGAACGAGCGGUGGGCCAACCUAAAUGCCCAUGAUCUUUCACUCUCCGGUACAGGUGACCUAGAGAGGGAGGAGGAUGAAGAUAGUGGAGAGGUGUUGGACGACAGCAGCUCCAGCCCCUCCAGUACCCUCAGGAACUACCCCCUCACCUGCAAAGUGCUCUACUCAUACAAGGCGUCUCAGCCAGACGAGCUGACCAUCGAGGAACAGGAGGUACUGGAGGUUAUCGAUGAUGGGGACAUGGAGGACUGGGUCAAGGCCAGGAACCAGACAGGCCAGGUGGGCUAUGUCCCGGAAAAGUACCUGCAGCUGCCCUCGUCCAACAGCCUAAUGAGCAUGCUCCAGUCUCUGGCCGCCCUGGAUGCUCGCUCCCACUCCUCCAGUAACUCUACCGAGCCCGAGCUGGCCGAGUCAGAGCUACACACGCCGGGCACACCUAUCGCCAACGGAGAUUCCAGUGGUGUGUGCUUCGCCAAGGCCCUGUACGACUACGCGGGCCAGACAGGUGAAGAGCUCUCGUUCCCUGAGGGUGCCAUCAUCCGUGUGCUGAGCCGCGAGACCUACGAGGAUGACGGUUUCUGGGAGGGCGAGUUCAAUGGCACCGUGGGUGUCUUCCCUGCUGUGCUUGUGGAGGACCUUCUGGCAGCGGGUAGUGCCGGUGGAGACAGCGAGAAUGGCGACGUCUUAGAGGCCAGCAGCAAUCCGCAGGCAUCCCCCGCUCCUCUUUCCGAGUGCUCUCCACAGAGUCCCUUCCUUCUGGGCCCGUUCCAUAGCAGCCCCUGUCAGAGCAGCCCCCUCCUGACCCCCACUCUGCCCUCGCCCCAGUCCAGCCCCUCCAGUGCCAGCGCCUCCCCCAUACCCCGCCCCCCCUCCAUCAACGGCCACCAUAGGCCACCGCCCGCACCACUCAAAGGCCACUUGCAAAGUCCUGCCCAGAACUCCACCCAGCCCCCCAGGUACCCAACAGAUGGUGGUGCGGGGGGCACCAUUCGACCUGUCCGCGCUGCACCGCCGCCCCCCAAGCCGCAGCAGCCUCGUGGCCAGGUGAAGAAGAGGGAGGAAGUGGAGAUCACGCUGGUGUAACACCGCCGCCGAGAUCAGACCUGGUGGAUCCAGGUCCCUGACCCCCCCCCCCCCCCAGGGAGAGACAACAGGCUCCAGAGACCCUGAACCAACUAGGGGUUAUCCCCACUCCCCACCGGAGAGGCUCCAUGAGGUAGCCCGAAAUUUGGUUUGUCUCCCUCCACACAGUCCAAAGCCAGUAGGGCUGAAACGUUGUGCGGUGCGGAGAACCCAAAUAAUUGUGCAAUUGCCUUGUUGUUCGAGCAAGAUAUCGCCAUUGGAUUACUAUUCAACAAAGUGUUACUAAUUUUGUGAGAGGAUUGUACAUCUGUCACAAUGUUUUUUUUAAAACACAGCUAAAUUCCAAACCAGAUCUCUGUUUGGUUCUUGGUAGAUUGUGUUAAUGUUGUCUCCGCACAUUUCAGGGAAAUUGACAACACGGUAAAAGCGGGUAUCACUCCUGUACCUGAAAUACGUCUUUAAAAAGUGUUUCCAACAUUUCAUAAACAAGGGAAAAGUGGCAAUUUUGGAGGGGUGUAAUUGUUUAAGAUAGGAAUAGCCCCAUUGAGGGCAAAAUCUGGGUCACACUGUGAAACUAGAACAAAACUGCCCCUGACAUGUAAAUUUACUACUCUUCUAAAUGUAUUUCUACAACUUCCUUGUGUUAAAACUUGGGACAUUUCAAGAUUGCCAGGGGCAGUCUAUAGUGUAUGUAUGAGUAAAUGUAGACUAUUUUUUUGUUACUUUUUGUUGUAAAAACAAGGAUCUAACUAUGUUGUCAUCAAUACUAAUCUAGGCGUAAACUAGCCAAUAAUGGUUGCUGGUGAGAAUAGUUUUUUCAGUCAGGAAUGCAGACUGGGUCGCAGUUCAAGACGGAAAGCAUCGCAAGGUGAUUUGCAGUUGUGCGGUGCGUUCCUGGGUCAGACCAUGAGUCAGACGUGCCUUAAAGUUCCCGGAAGAGAAACUCCAUAGUUCCUAAUUCCCUACAGGAAGUGUGAACUGACUGAAAUACUGAAGCACUUUUUUGAUAUUCUGUUAAUGCUCUUUUCAGUAUUGCUGCUUGGUCUCUCUCGUGGUUGCUGCAUUGUUUGUCUACUUUAAUUUGUUUUGCUCCAUCUAUAUCGGUAUGAGUAUUGUUCUCCUUGUGAAAUGCAUUUGAUUUAUGUCGCCAAAAAAUAUAUAUUUGUUUACGUUGGGAGGUAUGAUUGAUUUUAUUUGAUGUAUGCUUUUUAAUUGUAUCAUUUAAAUAUUAAUAGAUUACAGAGCUUUGAGAUGGAUAGCUGUGCAGCAAUUUUACAUUAAGGAUUAAAACAUACGGAAACGUAUAAAUUGUUGAUCAUAGGAAAUCAGGAAUCUGUCAGCCACGUUGCUGUGUUCUCGUUGAUCUCCUUGAGAUUUGAAUGUCAAACUUAUUUUGAAGUUUACCCUGUUAUAUUGAAAAAAUACAUGUGGUUGUGAAAUACUUUGACACAACCAUGAAGUCGUUUUUUGUCAUUAUGUUCCUGAUUUAUUUUCAGUAUCUUCAGAGAUACGGUAGAAACAAACGGCCCACUCUGAUGUAGCUUCUGCAGCAAUAGCAGAAAAUCUAAAUUAUUUAAUUGGAUAUUAAGAUUUUUUUUGGUUAAAAUAAAUAUGGAAUAAAAUUGGCUGAAAUCA